CGAUGCAUCGAGCAGCGCCACGCAAGGGCGAGAGCGCAGUGGCAGACAGCGGGUGCCGUGCCGUUGGUACGGACGGACGCAGUCCUUCAACCGCUGCGGAUGCUCUUAGAAAGCAGAAGUCGUUAAUCAAACCAAAUAACGACUAUAAAUCCCCUCACUCCUCACUCUCUCCCUCACCACCAUUGCUCUCUCUCCUCCUUCUCUCUCCUCACAAUGCCGCAAUGCUUUGACGUCUCUCUUCUGUUGUGAGGACACGCAGAAGCAUUGCCGGCAAAAAAUUGGAUCUGAAACUCUCCAAUUUCAUGGAGUCGCAGUAGAUCUAUUGAGUUUCAGUAAUCCAGAGUGAGGGAGAGAAGCUGAGCAGAGCAAUUUUCCCUGUUUUUUUUUUCAUUUCUCAGCUGAAAAAGGGGGAAAAAGUGAGCAACAAUGGCGGAAAUCUCGGGGAAAAAUUUCAUACCGGAGUCGUUCCAAGGCUACACGCCGGACAUCGCGGGGCAAAUCGGUCUGCUUUGGGAGCUAAUCAAGGCGCCAUUGAUCGUACCGCUGCUCACUGUCUGCGUCUACAUUUGCCUGGCGAUGUCGAUAAUGGUGUUCAUCGAGCGGCUGUACAUGGGCGUCGUCAUCGUCCUGGUCCACCUCUUCUGGAAGAAGCCGGAGAAGCGCUACAGAUAUGAGCCGAUGAAGGACGAUUUGGAGAGCGGCAACGCCGGUUACCCUAUCGUCCUUGUUCAGAUCCCCAUGUUCAAUGAAAAAGAGGUUUAUAAGAUCUCCAUUGGCGCAGCUUGCAAUCUCUCGUGGCCUGCUGAUCGGCUUGUGAUCCAGGUUCUAGAUGAUUCCACUGAUCCCAUCGUCAAGGAUAUGGUUGAGAGGGAGUGCAUAAGAUGGGCAAACAAAGGCAUAAAUAUCACAUACCAAAUUAGAGAGACGAGGGGCGGCUACAAGGCCGGAGCACUUAAAGAAGGGCUCAAGCGCGAUUACGUUAAACCGUGCGAGUAUGUCGUCAUCUUCGACGCAGAUUUCCGGCCCGAGCCUGAUUUUCUCCGACGUUCUGUGCCGUUCCUCAUCCACAACCCCAACAUUGCUCUCGUUCAGGCCCGUUGGCGAUUCGGUAAGCCGCGCUAUCUUGAUUAUAUGCUUAAUUGUUUUUGUUGGACAUGCGUUUCAUAAUCAUUGGUUGGUAUA